UUAGCUUUCUUUCGACAGGAUCAGAUCAAGAGCUCAAUCCUAAGAAAUUAAAAAAAACCAAAAACAAAAAACAACGCUGUUUCCAGCAGGACUGGGAAUCCUUGCACCGAAGUGGUCCUGAACCACUGUGCCGGCGGCCGCCGUCCCCUUCUAUAAAGCCCCUAACCAAGAAAAGUCCCGCUUUUUUUUCCGCUCCGGACUUCCCAAAGCUGUCGGCACCGAUGAUCGGCUCCGGAUGCCGAAAUCCCGGCCAGACCUCCGCCGGAAUCGAUCCCAGCUCCGCUGCGCGCGACGGUGACUCCCGGCCAGCCCCCAUGGCGAGAUCUGACCCCCGCCUUCCUCUCCUCAACCUCUCCGUCCUCGGUCAGAAGAUGGAAUCCCUCAGCCGCGUCCUCUCCGACUCCAUCGGCCGCCGCGCCCCCCUCGACGACGACCAGCUCCAGCUCGUCUCCGCGGAGAUCGCCUCCGCCGUCCACCAGACCAUCCUCAACGGUGCCGCCCUCCUCGCCUGCUCCCACCCCGUCGACCUCGCCCCCACAUCCGCCAUCGAUCCAGCAGCCGGAAAAUUAGCCGAUCAGAUCGGUUCCGACCCGGAUCCGUCGAGCUCGGCUCCGGAUGAUGGGGACGCGGCGGAGGAGGAUGGCGAUAUCGUGGAGAUCGACGUGGCGGAGCUGCUGGCGGAGCACAUCCACUUCUGCGAGAUCUGCGGCAAGGGGUUCAAGCGCGACGCCAACCUCCGGAUGCACAUGCGGGCCCACGGUAACCGGUUCAAAACCCUAGAGGCCCUCUCGAAGCCACCGGACCGGGACCGCCACCAGCCGGACGACGGCGGCGGGAGGAAAUUGAGGUUCUCGUGCCCAUCCGUCGGCUGCAACCGUAACCGGCACCACAGCCGGUUCCGACCGCUGAAGUCGGCGGUGUGCGUCAAGAACCACUUCAAGAGGAGCCACUGCCCCAAGAUGUAUUCUUGCCACCGGUGCAACAAGAAGAGCUUCUCGGUGCCGGCCGACCUCAAGAACCACCUCAAGCACUGCGGCGAGAGCCGGUGGCGGUGCUCGUGCGGGACGAGCUUCUCGAGGAAGGAUAAGCUCUUUGGGCAUGUCGCUCUGUUCGAAGGGCACUUGCCGGCUGUCGGGACGGAGGAGGAGGAGGAGGAGAAGGGGAAAGAGAAAGAAUUGGUGGCGGGAGGAGGAGAGGAUAUUGGAAGGGGAGGAGAUGAGCCAGUUGGUGAAGAGGGUCUUGAUCCCGAGUUCUUUCGCAGGUUAAUGAAGGAAUUGGAAGGGAUGGAAGGUGUUAAUUGGCCGGCACGUUAGCAUAUUACUGGUGAGUGUAUUCCCAUCCUGUUAUAAGCUUUUUGUUCUAAAUUAGGAAUUAUCGUGUUUAUAAUAAGAGCUUCAUUGUGUAAUUCCUGCACUCUCCCGAGCAUAUACAGCAGUAUAGGUUUCUUUUAACUGGAGCUUUAAUGGCAUACAACAUUCAUAAAAGCAGAGGAUUAAGGGUUGAUGUGAUUAGUUUUGAUCAUUCUUAGAUGUAGUUUUUGGUUGGGAAUGUUUUUGGUGUUCAUUGUUUUUUCUUUGGAUUAUUACACAAUGAGGUUAUGUGUGACCUGCUUUGCCCUCCUGAAAGGUUUGUUUCUAGGAAAUGGCUCCUGCUGGUUACAGUCCUUUCUCUGUGUUGAUGAAGAUUAUCCGGGGAAUAGUCUCAUGGAAGACAUAUUUGUAUUAUUGUUUCCCAGGAAGUGAAUGUUAACAUCUGUCUUACUCAUCAUUGUGGAGGCAGCUGUGACGCUUUGAUCUUCACUGUUGUGUUUUCGGUUGCAGGUUCUUUUAGGUUUACAUAAGUUUUGAUCCAGCUCAUUGUGGCACUUAUGUCCUGAUGUAACUCAGAUGAUAAAUACAAGCUUCAAUGAACUUAUCUAGCA